AUGGACUCCACUAAAGACAGAGUUGAAGGAACUAGAGCAACUGUUAUUGAAAUUAUCGGAAGAACAGGUAACAAAAUUUAUAAUAAAUUGUGUAGGAUCUAGAGGUGGUAUUACAUAAGUUAAAGUUUAAUUGGUUGGAUAAUAAAGAACAUUAAUUAGAAAUGUUAUGGGUCCAGUUAGAAAGGGAGACACCUUAGAGCUUAUGGAAUGCGAAAGAGAAGCUAGAAGAUUAAGAUGA